UCGGAGUGAGUCACUUUGUGUGGACUGUCAGGGCAUCUCACAGAGAGCUGGGAGCAGCACAUUCAUGUGAUGGAAACUUCUAAGGAAUAAGGACAUCUGUCUGGACCUCUCCCCGAAUUUCUCCCUUCCGGACCUCUCCCUAAUCCUCACCUAGGGCCCCUCUAUUUUAUCCUCUCCUAGGACCCCUCUCCCCGAUCCUCUCCUAGCACCCCUCUCCCUGAACCUCUCGCUUAACCCCUGUUAGGACCAAUCUCCCUGAUCCUCUUCUAAGACACCUCUCCCUUCGGGACCUCCUCCUAGGACCCUCUCCCUGAACCUCUCCUGAGACCCCUCUCCCUGAACCUUUGCUAGGACCUCUCUCCCUGAACCUAUCCUAAAACCCCUCUCCCUGAUCCUUACUAGGACCUCAACUUGAUACUCACCUAGGACCCCUCUACCUGAACCUCUCCUAAGAUCCCUCUCCAUGAUCCUCUCUUAUAAUCCCACCCUGAACUUAUGCCUUCUAGACCUCCCUGGACUACUCCUAGGACCCCUUUCCCUUGACAUCUUCCUGAGCUUUACCUUCUGGACCUUUUCCUGGAUCUGAUCCUUUAUCUCAACUUGUACAUCUUGAGGGACCUCUGGAGACACAGACAGGAGGUCAAUUCCAGGGGAUCCAACAAUGAUUGUCACCAAGUGUCUUCUGCUGCACUAGACCAAGGUCCCCCCAGCCACCACACACAGGCUGACAUUGAGAGGUUUUGCCUCAUUGACUUGGACCACUGUCUCCUCCUGCCUGGUUGUCCACAUCACCCACAGCUCUGGCAAUGGCCUUCACAUUUGCUGCUUUCUGCUAUAUGCUGUCUCUGGUCCUUUGUGCUGCUCUCAUCUUCUUCGCCAUAUGGCAUAUAAUUGCCUUUGAUGAAUUAAGAACAGACUUCAAAAGCCCAAUUGAUCAGUGUAAUCCUGCGCACGCGCGGGAACGCCUUAGAAACAUUGAACGGAUUUGCUUUCUGCUCAGAAAGCUGGUGCUACCAGAAUAUUCCAUCCACAGCCUAUUUUGUAUUAUGUUUCUCUGCGCAGAGGAAUGGUUAACACUCGGACUGAACGCACCAUUGCUAUUCUAUCACAUUUGGCGGUAUUUCCACUGCCCCGCUGAUAGCCCAGAAUUAGCCUAUGAUCCCCCGGUAGUAAUGAAUGCCAAUACACUGAGUUACUGUCAGAAAGAAGCCUGGUGCAAGCUAGCCUUUUACCUCCUCUCGUUUUUCUAUUAUCUUUAUUGCAUGAUAUAUACGCUGAUGAGCUCAUAGGGAGGAGAAUAUCCAAGAAAACCCGUGUUUGUAUUAAUGACUGGAUUACUGAGGACACUGUUUCUGGGUGAUGGAGAAGGCUAUGGCGUUUCUGUACAUGUGGACCGUAAUGAAUAUGGUGGACCUCAAGCUGGACAAAGGUCACCAGCUGUGACACGAUUAGGACAAUGUGCAAUAUCAAUGAUCCUCAGGAAAUGGUGGACGACAAGAGCAGAAUACUCAAAAUUGGUAACUUGUACUUGAUUCAGUGACCUGCAGAGCACAUUUCUUCACUAGAAAAACAAAGAACAGGCAAUGGGUGCUGGGUAGCCGUGCUCAGCUUCUCAAUACAUGCCAAACGUUACAUUGUGUUAGAUCCACAAGUACGAAUACCCCAGCACAGCUGUGACUGAACAUUAUUCUCCCACCAUCUGGAUUGUGGAUUAUACUUCCUACCUUCUAAAGGCUGGCUGAGGGAAAUGUGAGAAAAGCAAUAGUGAUUUACAAUUAAAACCAAAAGCAGGUUUCUGUGGAAUGUCAGUAAUGGACCCGAAGAUUCUGCCGUCAUUCAACAUUAGCUCACCUGGGCUGCAUUCAAUUAGCAAUAGAGGAAUUGUGAUAAUAUUAAAUUACACAUGAAAAGGCGCUUGUGUAUGAAAAAAUUGAAUUGUUAGCAGCGCUACGAUGCAUCCAAUAUUAUUACAAUAAAUGUGCUUAGAAUGAUCUUAUGGGACAAACUCGAUAGCGCAGGGCCAUAAUUCUUUAGUUUCCUAUCAAUGAUUGUGGCGUUAACUGAUCCCCAGUUCGUUGUUUAUUGACAGUUGAGUGAUUAAGCUGGUUAUUACAGCUACAUCUUGUUGCGUCAUUGAGCAAGAAUGCACAUUUUGUUACAAAACUUUAUUAAUAGCACAAAUCAGAGUUGCAAUAAAUUUCGUCAUUAUCAAUUAAAUGAGACUAAUUGGGCCAGGGAGAGUCACGCUUGGUCCUGCAGAUGCUACAGAGAAUCAUGGGAAACGUAGUAUAAGUAAGUGCUGAGCUGAGGUUAUUCACUGCUGUCUGAAGCGAAAUGAGUAAAAUUAAAUAUUUUUUCAUCCUUGUUUUCUCGAUACUAUGUUUACCAGUGGAGAAGCCGCCAUACAUCCUUCAAAGUCACCUGUUGUGUGAUGAGUCGCAAAUACUUUGGGAUUUGAUUUAAUACCCCAAGGAUCUCAAACUGUGUCCCUAGAUGUUAAUGGCAUACAACUCCCACAGUAUUUUGAAUGUAACAUGCCCAGAGAAUCAUGGGGGUUGUAGUUCAGUAACAUCAGGAAGACCAGAGUUUGAGAUGCCUAGAAUACCAGCUAUUGAGGGAGAUGUGACAAGUAACAGGUAAGUCUUUAUAAUAGAAGUUGAUAAUAGAUGCACAGUGAAGGGAACAGCAGAGUAAUUGUUUUGGAGGGGACUUUGAUAUUAUUUUUCCUGCUUAGGGCCGAAGUGAUUAAAAGACUGAUCCUUGGCUAUUGGAGAACCUGCAGCUACCAUGUCUCCAUUAACACUCGAGGCACCAUAACAACCUAAUCAAAUUUGUUAUGGUGCCAAGGGAACCCUGGCGCAUUCCUACCCAAAAGGAUUAGAGCUAGAGCGGCCAGCUGGCACUCU